CUCCACCUUCACUUUCAUUCAUCCCUAUUUUUUUAAACAACCUUCUUGGUUCUUUACGAAUUUUGUAAAAAUGGAUUCAUUAAAAUCUAACAGAGGAAUGGAGGGAUGGUUGUAUCUGAUUCGAUCCAAUCGCUUUGGAUUACAAUACACUCGCAAAAGGUAUUUCGUUCUUGAAGAAAAUUGCCUCAAAAGCUUCAAAUCAAAGCCCACAUCAGACACACAGAAGCCACUAAGAAGCGCGAUUGUAGAUUCUUGCAUUAGAGUCACAGACAAUGGAAGGGAGAGCUUCAGUAGAAAGGUGUUUUUCAUUUUCACCCUUUACAAUACCUCAAAUCACAAUGAUUCUCUUAAGCUAGGAGCAAGCUGUCCGGAAGAAGCUGCCAGAUGGAUACACUCUUUACAGGAUGUUGCAAUGGAACCGGGAACGAAUUCUAAGAGAAGAUGGCAGCCAUUUAGAUUGAGCGACUCUAAGAGCACCACUCAUAAGCAUUCAGUGGAUUGGACCUCGUCUGCAAAUUCUGAUGCUAUGACGUCCGAUGUGAUUGCUCCUUCACAAUGGAAAAUUUUUGGUUGUAAAAAUGGGCUGCGGCUAUUCAAAGAAGCAAAAGAUGGUAAUUCAAGUGAACGGGCCUCAGGUGAUAAUCCGUCUAUAAUGGCUGUUGGUGUCAUUGAGGGAACUUCGGAGGCUGUUUUCAGGACUUUCAUGUCACUUGGCCUCUCUAGAUCUGAAUGGGACUUCUGUUUCUAUCGUGGCAGCGUGGUUGAGCACCUUGACGGUCAUACAGACAUAAUACACAUUCAGCUAUGCCGAGACUGGCUACCAUGGGGGAUGAGUCGAAGAGAUUUACUUUUGCGACGAUACUGGAGAAGGGAAGAUGAUGGAACUUAUGUAAUUCUCUGUCAUUCUGUGAUCCAUAACAAUUGUCCACAACAACAGGGCUAUGUUCGAGCUUGGCUUCAAAGUGGCGGGUUCGUGGUCAGUCCUUUAAAUGAAGGAAAGGAAUGUGUCGUCAAACACAUGCUUUCCAUCGAUUGGAAGUUAUGGAGAACGUAUUUGCCAAAAACAUCUGCUCGAUCCAUGACUAUACGUAUGCUUGGCAGAGUUUCUGCACUGAAAGAACUAUUUAGAGCAAAAGGAGGAGACCAAUUCCCUUCUGAGUUUUUAACCGGAGAGGUUGAGUCACUUCAAACGGGUGAAGAGCAGAGCAAACCAGAAGCCGAUCUGAUACAAUUAGAUGACGAGAAAAUGGAAGAUGCAAAAGAUGCACCAGUUUCGGGUUCAUCAAGUCUUGUUGGAUUAAAUGAUGCCUCAGAUGAGUUUUUUGACGUCCCUGAACCUACAAAAGGCGAAAAGUUUGAGCAUUUGGUUUCGUAUAUUCUUGAUUCUAAUUUAUACCUUCUUCUUUUAUGCCAUUCUUGGCAGCCCAAACUGCCGACAGCUGCUGAUUUUGUGAAAAAAUUGCAUGGUCUUACGGCUCAAAAGAAGGGCUACGUGGAGUUACAAGAUGCCUCUGGCAACUUGGCUGUAUCGAAUCACUAUGGCUCGACUCUUCUAAAAGACUUGACCUGUAACUCGGCUUGCUCUUGGGCAGCUUCUGAUCCUUCGUUGUUUCUUGUUCGGGGACCGAAUUAUCUCAAAGACAACCAAAAGAACAAGGCAAAGGGGACGAUGAUGGAAAUGAUUGGUGCAGACUGGCUACAAUCUGAUAAACGUGAAGAUGAUCUUGCAGGCCGGUCUGGAGGCAUUGUGCAGAAAUAUGCAGCACAAGAUGGACCUGAGUUUUUCUUUGUCAUCAACAUACAGGUCCCUGGCACGACUACGUACAAUCUGUCUCUAUAUUACAUGACGAAAACUCCGUUGGAAGAAUCUCCUUUACUGGAACGCUUUGUGAACGGAGAUGAUGCGUUUAGAAAUUCAAGAUUUAAGCUCAUACCAUACAUAUCUAAGGGAUCGUGGUUGGUAAAGCAGAGUGUCGGGAGGAAAGCGUGUUUGGUUGGUCAAGCACUCGAAGUAAACUACUUUCGCGGCAAGAAUUACUUGGAGCUUGACAUUGAUGUGGGAUCAUCCACCGUGGCUCGAGGUGUGGUGAACCUUGUCCUUGGUUACUUGAACAACUUGAUCGUAGAAAUGGCUUUCUUAAUACAAGCUAACACAGAAGACGAGCUACCAGAAGUCCUUCUCGGGACAUGCCGGUUGACUCACAUGGAUACCGCUAAGGCUGUUUCUGUCGAUUCCAUUAAUAACGUCUAGCGAAAAUGUGUAGGUGAUUUUUUUGUCACAAGCCAAACGAAAAUGUACAUAUCAUGUAAAUUUGAAUUUGUUAUGGCUUGUAGACGUGAAUAAUAAUAACGAUAA